CCGGUGUGGUACUGUGUUUACGUUUCGGUGUUUACAGCGUGCAGCGUUUAAAAUGAAUUCCAAACGAGACUCUAAAAAACGAAAACUUCAAGCAUUGUUGGAGGACUUAUUAGAUAGUGCAAGUGAAUCGGAUGCUUCACAACAUCCUGAAUCUAUACAGAAUGAGGAGACCCCAGGGUUAGAUGAAGAAGACGAGGAAAUGAACAUUCCCAUCGCCCAUCUAGGAACAGGUGAAAAACCUGUUAAUCCUUUAAUUGCCCUCCUUGAAGGAAAAGGAUCAAACUUAAACAAUGGACCAGCAGUUCAUGAAGAUAUUCAACAGUUGCUAACGCUGUUUAUAGCUAAAGGUUUAGAUAAUGAUACACGCAAAGAGGCCAUUGAUUCGUUUCCGUUGCUGAAAGGCUGUACGGCAUUAAAUCCGCCCGAACUAAAUGCUGAAAUAAAAAUCUGUUUGAAUUCCGCUGUUCUUAGACAAGACGCAUUUUUGGUAAAAAUUCAAAACCAAUUAGCCGCCAUAAUCAGUGCUUUGGCGGUGCAGUUUAAUGAACUGUAUAAAGAUUCCAAGUCCAACCCCAGUCAGCCAACCGAGGAAAGAGCCACACCCCCUAUGGAAAAGUCUUAUCCUGGAGGCAGGAAUUUUGUCCGGAACUCUUUCCUCCAUAGAGGCUUUCCAGCAGUAGGUCUGGAUACAGUUAUGGAAUCUUUAGCUCCAAGCACUCUUCACCAAUAUAAUUCUUAUUAUCAAAAAUGGUGGUCUUUCUGUAUUAAGUCAGAAAAAACCCUUAUUCGUAUUCCUUGAACUUAUUAAUCUCAUUUUUAACUGAAGAAUAUAAAAAAGGUGCCUCAUAUGCUACACUAAACUCACAAUAUGCGUCCCUCUUAUUAUUAUUUAAUAUAGAUGCCAUAGAUAAAGCUCAUUUAAAGAGAUUUCUCAAAGGUGUUUCCAAGAAAAAUCCGCCAAAACCCAAAUAUCAAACCACAUGGGAUCCUACCUGUGUUUUAGGUUUUUUAUCAUCUUGGUACCCAUUAGAGGAAUUACCAAUUUCUCAAUUAACGCAAAAAA